CUCAACCACGCUUCAUGAAUGAGUCAUUCAUUCAAGCAGUUGACAGCAAGCUGCACAGAUCAAUUCCCCUGUUCCAGACAAGAGCCCAGCAAGUCGAGUGUAGGAGACGAGAUGGCGCAGACACGCAAGCACGUUUUGGUUAUUGGCUCCGUGAACGCCGACAUCGUCGUAGAGAUCAGUCGCCUACCUGUUCGCGGCGAGACGCUGUCCGCAUCCAAGGCAGACACGGGCAAGUUCUUCCCGGGUGGCAAGGGCAGCAACCAGGCGGCUGCAGCCGGCAAGAUCAUCGGCGUUCAUCAUCCGACACUAUGCACCAAGUUUGCUGGCCAAUUCGGUAAUGACACGCACGGGGAGGCGCUCCAGGUUGCGCUACAAGACGCUGGCGUGGACACGACACUGGCCGGCCACCCGGCUUGUCCAUCGGGUCAGGCGUUCGUGUUCGUUUAUCCGGAUGGCGACAAUUCCAUCGUCAUUGUGGGCGGUGCCAACCGUGCAUGGCCGGAGAAGCUUCCUGCCCCUUUGACGGACGCCGUCAAGUCGGCGGCCGUCGUCUUGCUGCAGUGCGAAAUCUCCGAGCACAUCAAUACGUUGGUGGCCAAGACUGCUGCGGAGACCAACGUCCCCGUCAUGUGGGACACAGGAGGUGACGAUACUCCGAUCCCGGCUGAGUUGCUGCCCCUAUUGACGUACAUUUGCCCCAACGAGACCGAGCUGGCGCGUAUGACCAAGCGCGAGGUGAACAACACCGACGAAGCCAUAGCCGCCGCGCGGUAUCUGCAGGAGCAGGGUGCCAAGAACGUGCUGAUCACAUUGGGCUCGGGUGGAUCUGUCUUCGUUCCUGCUGACGGCUCGGAGAUCGUGCGCCAGAAGUGCUUCAAGGUGGAGAAGGUGGUUGACACAACGGGAGCAGGAGACUGCUACCGGGGAGCGUUUGCCGUUGCAUUUGCUGAGGGUCGGGAGAUGCAGGAUUGCAUGGCUCGUGCCGCUGCUGCCAGCGCUCUGUGCGUGCAACGACCUGGUGCGCUCCCUAGUCUGCCAACUGGCGUCGAGGUCGUGGCUUUCCUCAACGAGAACGGUUUGUAGUACGUUGACUAGCAGCGUAGAAAGAUUACUCGAUAGUUUUUGGGUUGGGUUAGAUUUACGCACACUCGCGCAUUGAUUCACAGUUUCUUUCAAGUAGUUUUAAAGUUGCUGCGAUAAUGUCGUGCAUUCUUCACUUUUUUCUCACAACGAAGUUCACAUUGUUCAGAUCGUCUACACGAUGACAGGGUACUUCAUUGAAUAAGAUGAAUCAUUCGUCG